GUUCGUAGUAAGAAGCAAAGAGGGGGUCGACUGUCAAUACCGGACAAUGGGGUGAUAUACUGUGGAUGUGUGAUGUAUAUGAUGUGACUCUCCAAGACAAAUAACUCUGAAACUAUAGAACAGGAGGACGGUGAGCUCGAAGUCAUUUAGACCCUACUGAAAUAUUAUAGCAAUGGACCCAAGAAAUGAAAGUAUUGUUCCCAGUAUCACUCAGUUGGAAAAUUUCCUUACAGAACAUGACUCUAAUGUUGUUUGGCUCCUAGUUGCUACAAUUUUGUCCUGUGGCUGGAUUAUUUACCUAACUUAUUACAACUCCCGGAACAUUGGAUUUGUUUUAACAUUUGUUCUUAAUAGAUUAUAUAAAAAUGGAUACAUUCAUAUUGGUUCCUUCUCCUUCUCUGUCCUAUCCGGAAAAGUCAUGGUUCGAGAAAUCUAUUACAUUACACCAGACAUGUCUAUCAGAAUCCAAGAUGGAUUUCUUAUAUUUCGUUGGUGGAAAAUGUACAAUCCAAAGCAGAAACAGCACGACCCAAAGGCAGAAACAAGAUUAUAUAUCAUGGUGAAUGAUUUUGAAUUUCAUGUCUACAAUCGCUCUGAAGUGUAUUCACGACUUGAGGAACUGUUUGGUUUGGAACCAACCAUAAUUCCUCAAAAAAAAGAAGAAGAAAAAGCAAGAGAAAAUGGGAGGGAAAGAACACACCCAGAUAUUGGAAGCGUCAAAGUAAAAAGUGAAUCCUAUGACCCCUCAUCAUCAUGGAGAUCUCUUAUUCCUGUCAUCAAAGUCAAUGUUAGCACUGGGCGUUUAGCAUUUGGGAAUCAUUAUUUGCCUCAGACAAUCUGUGUUAACUUUGAUGAUGCUUUCUUAACUUAUACAACAAAACCACCAUCAAGCCAUCUUGACCAGUUUAUGCACAUUGUAAAAGGAAAACUGGAAAAUGUUAGGGUCAUGCUUGUUCCGAGUCCAAGAUACGUUGGUCUUCAAAAUGAUGAACCACCAAGAUUAAUGGGAGAAGGCUUUGUUGUGAUGCAGUCCAAUGAUGUUGACAUCUACUAUUAUAUGGAUGAACCAGGUCUUGUUCCAGGAGAAACAGAGGAAAAUAAUGAGGGAGAAACAAGUAGUGAGGACAGCAAAUUGCAAGACCUCCCCCCUUGCUGGGGGUUGGAUAUAGUUUGUGGUAAAGGAACCGAUUUCAACUAUGGUCCAUGGGCUGACAGGCAAAGAGACUGUUUGUGGAAAUUUUUCUUCCCACAAGAUUAUCAAGUCAUGAAAGUAUCAGAAAUUCCACAGCCUGGGAAGCCACGCCAGAUCCUUGCUUUUGAGCUGCGUAUGAAUAUCAUUGCAGACGCCACUAUUGAUUUGCUCUUCACAAAAAAUAGGGAAACUAAUGCUGUACAUGUAAAUGUUGGCGCAGGCUCUUACCUGGAGAUUAAUAUUCCUAUGACCGUGGAUGAAAAAGGAUACACUCCCACAAUUAAAGGACAACUUUUACACGUAGAUGCCACCAGCAGUAUGCAGUAUCGGACUCUCUUAGAAGCAGAAAUGUUAGCUUUUCAAAUUAAUUCCACCUAUCCCCGGAUAUGGAACAUGCCGCAGACAUGGCAGUGUGAACUUGAAGUAUAUAAGGCAACCUACCAUUUUAUCUUUGCCCAAAAAAGCUUUUUUACAGAUCUGAUCCAAGAUUGGUCCAGUGACAGUGCUCCGGAUAUCUAUGCAUUUGUUCCCUAUACAUGGAAUUUUAAAAUCAUGUUUCAUCAGUUCGAAAUGAUUUGGGCAGCAAAUCAGCACAAUUGGAUUGAUUGUUCCACAAAGCAACAGGAAAAUGUUUAUGUGGCAGCCUGUGGGGAAACAUUAAACAUAGAUUUUUCUUUGCCUUUUGAUGAGUUUGUUCCAAGCAUGUGCAGUACUAAAUUCUCUUUAAGGGGAGAAGGUCUUGAUCUUCACUUAUUUCUUCCCGACUGCCACCCUAGUAAAUAUUCUCUUUUUAUGUUGGUGAAAGAUUGUCAUCUUAACAAACUAAAUCUGGAGUCCUGUAAUUCUGCUGAAAGUCAGAGUGGUCAAAAACCAAGCAAACCAAAGUGGAGGAACAUGACGCAAGAAGAGGCUGGCUGGGUCGAAUGCUGGACAGUUCCAAGUAUUAUGCUCACAAUUGGCUAUGCGUGGCAUCCAAUAUAUCCCCAGAAAGCUGAUGAGCAGUUAAAGCAAUCAUUAUCAGAAAUGGAAGAAACAAUGUUAUCUGGAUUGAGACCAUCCCAGAAGAAAUCUCCUUUAGCAUCUACCCGCCUCCCCAUUGAUCCCUCUGAGCUUCCACCUGACCAGCUCCGUGUGGAACUGGAACUCUCUCCAGAUUCUCAUAUAAUUUUAUAUGGACCUCUUUUGAAAGCCUUCCUGUCCAUAAAGGAAAAUUAUUUUGGUGAAGAUGACAUGUACACCGACUUUGAAGAAGUGAUUUCAAGCCCUGUGCUAUCCAUGUCGACAUCUUCAAGUUCUGGAUGGACUGCAGUAGGAGUGGAUGCUGACAAGAAGGAGAGCGAGACAUCAGGAAGGCAGGCGCAUCCACUUACUUUGCGUCCUUGGGAUAUUACCGUGCUUGUUAAUGUGUACAGAGUGCAUGGACGACUACCCGUGCAUUGCAGCAGUGAUGGCCCUGAAUGUCCUACAGUUUUCUUGGAAAGAUUGUGCUUUGAGAUGAAAAAAGGAUACAAGGAGACAAUGUUGCAACUUGUGCUAUCACCAGUGAACUUGUUUUUGAAUGACAACUACCAGAGACCCCCUAUGGAUGAAGUACUCCGUGAGGGUCAUAUCAGCCUUUCGGGUCUGCAGCUCCGGGCUCAUGCGAUGUUUUCAGCUGAAGGUUUGCCCCUGGGAAAUGACUUGUUAGAAUAUGCAUGGCUGAUUGAUGUGCAAGCUGGAAGUCUGGCAGCCAAGGUUACAGUUCCGCAGCUUGCAUGCCUGCUUGAGUGGGGACAAACAUUUGUGUUCCAUGUGGUUUGUCGUGAGUUUGAACUGGAAAGGCCAAAAUCUGUUACCAUAUGUCAGCACGGAAUUGAUCGGCGCUUCUGUGAAUCGAAGAUGACCUGUAUCUCUGGCCCUUGUCCAACCUCUGAUGAAUUAAAGUACACUAUGACUCGCGUAGCAGUAGAUGGAGCAGAUAUGUUUAUUGUAGAGCAUGGGUGUGCCGCGAAUAUAAAGAUGGGUGCUGUACGCAUUGCCAAUUGCAACCUACACAACCAGUCUGUUCGUGAAGGUAUAAGUGCAGCCAUUCAAGACCUCCAACUGCGACAAUACAUUGAACAAGUGAAUAACUGCAGAGUCGGUCUUCAGCCUGCGGUGCUGCGGAGAGCAUACUGGCUAGAAGCAGGAUCAGUCAACUUGGGUCUCAUCACUGCUGAUAUUGCUCUAGCAGCAGACCAUCAUUCUAAGCAUGAAGUGCAGAGACAUUUUUUGGAAACUCAUGAUAGCAGAACUAAGAGGUUAUGGUUUUUAUGGCCAGAUGAUAACAUGAAGAAUAAGAGAAGCAAGAACAAGUGUGGCUGUCUUGGUGGCUGUAGGUUUUUUGGUGGCACAGUGUCAGGAUUAGACUUCUUCAAGCUUGAAGAUCUGACACCCUCAAGUAGCUCUGCUUUUUCAAGUACAAGUGCAGAAUCUGAUAUGUUUUAUGGACAAUCUUUACUACAACCAGGAGAAUGGAUUAUUACUAAAGAACUUCCAAAAACAACAGAUGGUAAAGCAAAUGGCAUUAAAAGGAAAGAAUGGGAGUGCCGACCUAUGGGUAUAGAAUUGGAAAGGAAAUCUCAGCACCUGAAUUUACAAGUACCACUGCGAUCUCACAGUUCCUCAUCCUCUUCAGAAGAGAAUAGUAGCUCUAGUGCUGCACUUCCCUUGCUUGCAGGUGAGAGGGAAAGCCCUUCUGCAGCUGAGGACAACUUGGGGCAAAAAGAAUUCUUGGUGGCUACAAAAAGAGAUGAUGUCCAUGGACCUAUUGUGGCAGAAGGAUCAGGAAGUAGUCCUGUAUCUCCUAAUUCCCAAGAGAGGCCUGUUGGUCAGUCCCCUCUUAGAUCUCCUUUAAAACGUCAAGCAUCAGUAUGUUCCACUCGACUUGGGAGCACUAAAAGUCUUACUGCAGCUUUCUAUGGAGACAAGCAACCUGUUCCAGCUGGUGUUCAGUUCAGCAGUGAUGUUUCUCGCAGUGAUGAAAAUGUCUUGGAUUCUCCUAAGCAAAGGAGAAGUUUUGGUUCUUUCCCUUACACCCCUUCUGCAGAUUCAAACUCAUUUCAUCAAUAUCGCUCCAUGGAUUCCAGCAUGUCAAUGGCUGAUAGCGAAGCCUAUUUUUCAGCAGCUGAGGACUUUGAACCCAUAAGCAGCGAUGAAGGCCCAGGAACCUAUCCUGGAAGAAAAAAGAAAAAAAAGCAAGCUAAGCAAAUUGAUUAUGGGAGAGGCUCUAUCUAUCACAGUGUAGAAGGACCCUUAACUACUACACUACAUGGAGAAGCUAGUCAGGAACCAAAGAGUCUAUCAAUGAAAACACAUCCCUCCCUUGCUUCAUUUGUUUCUGCUUUGGGAGGAGAAGAUGACCUUGUAGAACAUUUAUAUAUCAUAGAAGCCGAGAAGGCUCCAGAGACUGAACAGAUCACUUCCCAGCAGCCUGUAAUGAACUGUUAUCAAAACUACCUUACUCACUACCAGGUAGUCAAUUGGUCAGUAAAGCAUCCAACAAACAAAAGAACCUCUAAAUCCUCUUUACAUCGACCAUUAGACUUAGAAACUCCAACUAGUGAAGAAAGCUCUUCGUCUUUUGAACAACUGUCUGUCCCAGCCUUUAAGAUUGUUAAACAAGGCCUCACAGCAAAUGCUUUACUAGACCGAGGUAUGCAGUUCACAGGAUCAACAUCAAACACACCAUACACUCCCUUGGAAAAAAAAAUCCUUGACAAUACAGAUGAUGAAACAAUAACAGAAGAAUGGACUCUGGAUCACCCAAUUUCCCAGACCAGAACAACAGCUAUUGUGGAAAUAAAGGGAACUGUGGAUGUUGUUCUCACUCCACUUGUAGCAGAAGCUUUAGACAGGUAUAUAGAGGCGAUGGUUCACUGUGCUAGCACAUGCCACCCAGCAGCUAUUGUGGAUGAUCUGCAUUUCAAAGUCCUCAGGGAAGCUGUACAGAACAGGAAAACAACUUUCUCAGAAAAUUUAUCCUCCAAGCAGGAUGUUAGAGGAUCAAAAAUAGAGACCCCUGCAACAGGAAGUACUCAAGUUAAAACACAGACAAAUCUUUCUCUCAAGCAAGAUAAUGUGACCAUUAAAGGACUUCAGGCCAAUGUUACACUUCCCAAGGUGAAUUUGUGUUUACUGCAAGCAUCAGUGGAAGAAUCAUCAGGCUCAGCUGCAGGAAAAAGCGUCAUCCAUGUUUCCUUAGUGGCUUUGUGCUUUGAUAGGAUUGCUACACAUGUUCGCAUGAAUAGAGGUGUGGUCGAAGAGUCUACAAAUAGUGCUGAAGCUAGGAGAAGUUCUGUAACUUUCGACAAGUAUGUCCAUACCAGUAAAAUGCAGCCUCAGUCUUCUGGUUCCCUGAGAUCCAAUGCUGGAGUAGAGAAAGGAAAAGAAAUCGCGGCUAAGCUUAACAUUCACCGUAUUCAUGGGCAGCUCAGAGGCCUUGAUACCGCUGAUAUUGGGACAUGUGCAAUAACAGCUAUUCCUUUUGAAAAAUCAAAAGUUCUUUUCACUUUGGAAGAGCUGGAUGACUUUAGCUUUGUAGACGAAACUGAUCACCAAGGAAUUCCAGAUGUAACAAGGAUUGGUCCCAGUCAAGAAAAAUGGGGCUGGAUAAUGUUUGAAUGCGGAAUUGAAAACCUAACAAUAAAAGGAGGCAGACAAUCUGGCGCUGUUUUAUACAACACAUUUGGAAAUGUGGGUAAAUCUACAGCUGCAGAUAGGGGUGGACUGCUUGCAUCCAACAAUUCUUCAGAUUCUCCAACUGGUAGUGGUUACAAUACUGAUGUGUCUGAGGAAAACCUCCCUUGUGAUCAAACCAGUGCUGCUUCAGAUGUUCAUGCAAAUUCUGUGUCAGAUGAACAGGAUGAAGGAGUUGAAUCUGAUGAUCUGAAAAAAGACCAUCCUUUAAGGCCUCCCCCACCUGAUUCAAGUAGUAUGAAAUUGACAAUCAAGGAAAUUUGGUUCAGUUUUGCUGCUCCCACAAAUGUGCGUUCUCCUGCCCACAUAUUUUCAAGGCAGCUGAACCUUCUAAGCACCGCAACUCCUGCUGUUGGCUCUUGGCUUGUUCCUAUUGAUCAAGUGAAGUCCUCUUUAAACAAAUUGGAAACAGAAGGUACUCUACGAGUUUGUGCUGUCAUGGGCUGUAUAAUGACUGAAGCUUUAGAGAACAAAAGUGUCCACUUUCCUUUGAGAAGCAAGUACAACAGGCUCACUAAAUUGGCCCGCUACCUUCAAGAAAAUCCUUCCUGUUUGCUGUGUAAUAUACUGCACCACUAUCUUCAUCAGGCAAACUAUUCCAUCAUUGAAGAUGCUACUAUGAGUGAUGGCCUUCCUGCUCUUGUAACAUUAAAGAAAGGUCUCAUUGCCUUAGCUAGGCAAUGGAUGAAAUUCAUUGUUGUAACACCAGCCUUCAAAGGUGUGAGUUUACAUAGGCCAGCUCAGCCAAUGAAACUCAAGUCAGCUGUACUCAAUGAGAAAGAAGAUGGCUUUGGUUUAGACAAUGGAGGUGGUCUUCAAAGUGACACAAGUGCUGAUGGAGCAGAAUUUGAGUUUGAUGCAGCCACUGUUAGUGAACAUACAAUGCUUCUGGAAGGAACUGGUACCCGCCCCCCACCUGCUGGAGUAUCUUCUGGACCUGUGACUGGUGCUGAGAUUAUGAGAAAAUUAUCAAAGUCUCAUACACAUAGUGAUUCUGCUCUUAAAAUAAAGGGUAUCCAUCCAUAUCACUCCCUGAGCUACACUAGUGGAGAUACAGCUACAGACUCACCAGUGCAUGUUGGUCGUUCUGGGAUGCUUAUCAAAGAAAGUCCAAGGAAAGAAAGUCUGCUCAGCUACCUGACCGGAAGUUUUCCUAGCUUACAUAAUCUCUUGGAAGGAACUCCUCAAAGAAAUGCAUCAGCCCCUAAAAGUAGUUCUUUAACAAGAACAGUGAACACAGUGCCCUCCGACAUGUUAUCAGAACAUCCUUUAUUAACCGAGCCGUCAUCUGUGAGCUUUUAUAACUGGAUGUCAAAUGCUGUGGGCAACAGAGGAAGCAUGGUUCAAGAAUCUCCUGUCACCAAAUCUGGACACAAUAGUCUUCCAACAGGCGUAGCCUCAAAUCUCCCUACUAUACCUUCAGCAUCUGACUUCAAUACAGUGCUUUCCAGUGAUCAGAACACAUUGGAUGGAACUCAUUCACAACACAGUACCAGUCAGGAUGAUAUUGCUGGUAUUGAGGAAGGUAACCAGGGAUUUCCUGCUGUUCAGCUUGCUGAUGCUCAGGUUGUUUUCAAACCUCUUCUGAGCCACAUAGGAAUUCAGUCUCAAGACGCAGCGCCACUGUGCUACAGGAUGUACUUCGGAGAGCACCUUUCCUUCUCAGGGACUCUGGACUGCCUUAGAGCAGACAUCGUGGAUUCAGAUACCGCAAAGGAAAGAAGAAGCAAAAGAGCACGAAGGCAAGGAGCAGUCAAUCUGCCUCCCCUUGAAUUUAAACCUGCAUUAAUGUUGGAAACGUUCAGCCUCAGUGCUGUUAUAAUGGAGAAAUCAGUUUGCACACCUCAGAACCCCACCAGCGCCCUUGCCUUUCAUGACUUCAACAAACGUCAUUAUAGCACUUUUCACUGCAAUUUUACAAUCUCUUGCCAGUCUAUAAGCCAGCAUGUAGAUAUGGCACUGGUUCGUCUUAUUCACCAGUUCAGCACCAUGAUAGAUGAUAUCAAAGCUACACAGACAGACAUCAAGCUCAGCAGGUAUACAGCUGGUUCAGCUUCUCCUACGCCAACCUUUAAAACCCGCAAGCAUAGAGACUUUCGUUCUUCUGACUUCAGUCGCAGUUCUCGAGGAAGCCUCAAUGGUGGCAACAGAAUAAACAAUGCAAAAAACAAGCGGCCUAACAAUGAGAACAAUAAAAAAGAAUCUCGAAACAAAAACUCUCUUGGGAGAUCAGAAAGAAGAACUUCUAAAGUAUCUAGGAAAGGUUCAAAGGAUGUGGUUGAUCACGUGACCAUUCAUAUGGAUGACUCUGAUUCAAUUACAGUAUCGGAGCAGAGUGAACCUUCCGCAGAAUGCUGGCAAAAUAUGUAUAAACUGUUAAAUUUUUAUUCUCUUAUCUUAGAUCCAACAGGGAUUUUAGAAAAAUCUUCUGAAACAUUUUGCCCAACAGGUGUUCGGAGUCCUGCUGAACCUGUAUGUAGAGUUAUAUUUGAGAAUGAGCAGGAUAACAGCAGCUUAAGCAGAACCCAGAGGAAGCGCAGUUUAGUCACAUCUGAGCCUCAGCAUGUGACCUUGAUAGUCUUUGGAAUAGGCAUGGUGAAUCGCACUCACCUUGAGGCAGAUAUUGGUGGGCUAACAAUGGAAGCUGAACUGAAGAGAAUCCAUGGGAGUUUUACACUCAAAGAAAAAAUGAAAGAUAUACUUCAUCAAAAGAUGACGGAGACAAGUGCUACUGCUCACAUAGGUGGUGUUAAUAUUGUUCUGCUGGAAGGGAUCACACCAAAUAUUCAACUGGAGGAUUUCCCCACAUCACCAACAAGCACAGCCAAACAAGAAUUUCUAACGGUGGUGAAAUGCAGCAUUGCCAAAUCACAGGCUCUUUACAGUGCUCAAAGGGGGCUGAAAACAAACAAUGCUGCCGUGUUCAAAGUAGGUGCCAUUAGUAUCAACAUUCCUCAGCAUCCAGCGACCCUUCACAGCAUGAUGGUGCGGAGUUCUCAUCAGCUUUCAAAACAGAUUUCUGACCUCAUCAGACAGCCAUCUACAAUACCCCAGCCUACAAAAGAAGAUACUGCAACGCCAUUACCUGCAGAAAAGACGCCUACAAGUGUAAACCAGACACCUGUUGAAACCAAUGAAUUCCCACAGUUGCCUGAGGGCUUGGAGAAGAAGCCCAUUGUUCUUAAAUUCAGUGCCAUGAUUGAUGGAAUUGCUAUUGGAGCAGCCCUCUUGCCAUCCUUAAAAGCAGAGUACAAGAUGGGAAGAAUGAGAAGCCAUGGAAUGACAGGUGCACAAACAAGGUUUACAUUUGAGUUGCCAAAUCACAGGUUGCGAUUCACUUCUAAAGUCUCUGCCACCGAUUUGUCUACCAUCCCUCCUUCAGCCAGUCUUAACCUUCCUCCUGUCACCAUGUCGGGUAAAUACAUCAUGGAGGAGCAUGAAAGCUAUACAGAUCAGACUUGGAGUAUUGAUGAACUGCCGACUAAGCAGGGUUAUUAUCUCCAGGGAGAUUAUUUGCGUUGUGUAGCUGAGGUUGGUUCCUUUGAACAUAAUCUUACAACAGACCUUCUGAACCAUUUAGUUUUUGUGCAGAAAGUAUUUAUGAAAGAGGUCAAUGAAGUAAUACAGAAAGUCUCAGGAGGGGAGCAACCUAUUCCUCUUUGGAAUGAACAUGAUGGAACAACUGAUGGAGAAAAGCCAAAGAUUCUCCUCUACUCUUUAAGUCUGCAGUUUAAGGGCAUCCAGGUGACAGCCACAACGCCAUCCAUGAGGGCUGUAAGAUUUGAAACAGGAUUGAUAGAACUGGAGCUCUCAAAUAGAAUACAAACAAAAGCAAUGCCUGGUAGUACCAGCUACUUGAAGCUCUUUGGUAAAUGCCAAGUGGACUUGAAUUUGGCAUUAGGACAAAUCGUUAAACAUCAGGUUUAUGAAGAAGCUGGAUCAGACUUCCAUCAGGUUGCUUAUUUUAAGACUCGAAUUGGAUUAAGAAAUGCCCUCAGAGAGGAAAUCAGCGGCUCAUCGGAUCGUGAAGCCGUGCUCAUCACUUUGAACAGACCGAUUGUUUUUGCUCAGCCUGUGGCCUUUGAUAGAGCUGUGCUUUUCUGGCUGAACUACAAGGCUGCUUAUGACAACUGGAAUGAACAGAGACUGGCCUUACAUAAAGACAUUCAUAUGGCUACGAAGGAAAUAGUUGACAUGUUUCCUGGAAUCCAGCAGACUUCUGCUCAAGCAUUCGGGACCCUCUUUCUCCAGCUAACGGUUAAUGAUUUAGGAAUUUGCCUGCCUAUCACCAAUACGCCCCAGAUUCAGAGGCAGGGGCACAAGAUAAAUUUUGGGGGACAGAAAGAAACACAGAAUAAGUACUAUUCUAACCAUUCAGCUGAUUUGGACACUGGCUCUGCAUUAGUCUUGACCAUUGAAAGUACCUUAAUUACUGCCUGCUCUUCAGAAUCUCUGGUUAGCAAAGGUCAUUUUAAAAACUUCUGUAUCCGCUUUGCUGAUGGCUUUGAAACAAGCUGGGAUGACUGGAAGCCAGAAAUACGAGGAGAUCUGGUCAUGAAUGCUUGUGUAGUUCCAGAUGGCACCUAUGAGGUGUGUUCAAGAACAACAGGACAGGCAGCUGCAGAAAGUAAUAGUGCUGGAACAUGGACUCUUAAUGUGCUGUGGAAGAUGUGUGGCAUUGAUGUGCACAUGGACCCUAACAUUGGGAAAAGAUUAAAUGCUCUGGGAAAUACCCUUACAACAUUGACAGGAGAAGAAGAUUUAGAUGAUAUCGCUGACCUUAACUCUGUUAACAUGGCUGACCUGUCUGAUGAAGAUGAAGUUGAUACAAUGUCUCCCACUAUUAGUACGAAAUCAGAUGGUGGUCCACUAUGUGGCGAUGUACACAAGCUUACUUUUGGGCAGCGGAUUGUAAAUCACCUGCUGGGUUUGAGCCCCAAAAGCCAACGUUAUUCUGUUCCUGUAGAAUAUCUGUCGGGAUCAGCGACGAGUGAUACUACUGAUUCUAACAGUUCACACUUAAAAGCGGGCAGGUCUUGCUCAUGGGGACAUGAGAAUGCUGAGUAUAGGAGGCAGGGAACAUCUAACAACCAGACAGGAGAGCAGAGAGGAAGAAAGUACGUCAAACGUUUAGUAGACAUAAGGGAACUGAAUGAACAAGCCAAAGUAAUUGAUGAUCUGAAGAAACUGGGUGCAAGUGAAGGAACCAUAAACCAAGAAAUUCAACGUUAUCAGCAGCUGGAGUCAGUAGCUGUAAAUGAUAUCCGCCGAGAUGUUCGUAAAAAACUGCGAAGGUCAAGUAUGAGGGCAGCAUCUCUAAAAGACAAAUGGGGCCUAGGUUACAAACCUAGUUACAAUCGAUCAAAAAGCAUUUCUGCAUCUGGAAGACCACCUCUAAAAAGAAUGGACAGGACAAGCACACGCCUUGGAGAGAGUGAAGAACUUCCAGAAAUACGUGUAGAUGGUGCAUCUCCUGGACCCAGAGUAACUUUCAACAUACAAGACACAUUGAAUAAAACAGUUUUGGGGAUUACACAACAAUCCAGCUGUCCAGGGGAAGGGUAUUUUCAGUUUCCAGAGGAAUCCGAAACGGAUCUUUUAUCAGUAACCAUUGAUGGUCCAUCCCAUUAUUCAUCCACUAGUGAAGGAUCAUGCUCAGUAUUCAAUUCCCCCAAAACUCCAGCUGUCUUCUCACCAAGCAUUCCCUUCCAGCCUGAAGAAGGAAGACGAGAUGACAGUUUGUCUUCAACCAGUGAGGACUCUGAAAAAGAGGAAGACCAUGAGAGAGAGAAGCCUUAUUUUUAUCGAAAAACACAAACUGUUUCUCGUAAGAAAGCAACAGGUUUUGCUGCAGUUCACCAACUAUUUACUGAACGGUGGCCAACAACUCCAGCCAACAGGAGCGUGACUGGCACCACUACAGAGAGGAAUAUUGACUUUGAACUUGAUGUGAGAGUUGAAAUUGACUGUGGGAAGUGUGUUCUUCAUCCAACGACACUUCAGCAAGAACAUGAUGACAUAAGCUUAAGGAGGAGCUAUGAUCGGAGUUCUAGAAGUUUAGAUCAAGAGUCUCCUUCAAAAAAGAAGAAAUUCCAAACUAACUAUGCAUCAACUACUCACCUACUGGCUGGAAAGAAAGUGCCAUCAUCUCUGCAGACAAAGUCCAAUGACCUGGAGACAACAGUAUUUUACAUUCCUGGUGUGGACGUAAAGCUACAUUACAAUUCCAAGAUGUUAAAGACUGAAUCGCCAAAUGCAUCCCGUGGUUCAUCACUGCCAAGAACCCUUUCCAAAGAAUCCAAGCUGUAUGCCAAAGGAAAGGGAAGUGGUGGUGUGAAAACAGCAAAAUUGUACGCUUGGGUUGCUCUCCAGUCUUUGCCGGAGGAAAUGGUGAUUAGCCCCUGCCUGUUGGACUUCCUGGAAAAGGCCCUUGAAACCAUUCCAAUAACACCAAUAGAAAGGAACUAUGCAGCCGUCAGCUCACAAGAUGAGGAUAUUGGGCAGUUCGAUAUGCAGGAUCCAUUAGAAGAGUCCAGUGCCUCCUUGGUGUCCUCAUCAACCUCAGCAUACUCGUCCUUCCCCGUGGAUGUGGUAGUUUAUGUAAGAGUUCAGCCAUCACAGAUCAAGUUCAGCUGCUUACCUGUAUCAAGGGUAGAAUGUAUGCUGAAGCUUCCUUCACUUGAUCUUGUAUUUUCUUCUAAUCGAGGGGAACUGGAAACUUUAGGUACAACCUGCCCUGUAGAAAACGCUGCACAGAGUGGACCAAAGAUUAAAACUGUGUCACCAGGUUCAUCACCUGGAUUGGGCAGCCCCUUUGGCAGAACACGACAUAGUAGUAGCCAAUCAGAUUUGACCGGUUCUAGUAGUAGCUCUUCUGGUUUGAGCUUCACAGCCUGCAUGUCUGAUUUCUCCCUUUAUGUAUUUCAUCCAUAUGGAGCAGGAAAGCAGAAAACCAGUGUGACUGGCCUGAGUGCUGGAUCAGGGUCCCUAGGUGGACCCUGGUGUUCUACGGCAAUAGUCCAUGGGCCAGACCAGAUGUCGGUAUCAGGAAAUGUAGAUGAAGAACCCUCUUCAGUUACUGGCCGAAAAGAUUCAUUAAGCAUCAAUCUUGAGUUUGUGAAAGUUAGUCUGUCAAGAAUAAGGCGUUCAGGAGGUGCUUCCUUUUUUGAGAGUCCAUCUUCAAGCAAAACUGCAAGCAAGAUGGACACCACGUUAAUAAACAUAUCUGCUGUUUGUGAUAUAGGAUCUGCUUCUUUUAAGUAUGACAUGAGGAGACUAAGUGAGAUUUUAGCUUUCCCACGAGCCUGGUACAGAAGGAGCAUCGCAAGGCGUCUUUUUCUGGGUGACCAAACCAUAAAUUUGCCAGAAACUUCUGGCCCUGGGACUCCGGAUUCUAUUGAAGGAGUAAACCAACACAUGUCUCCGGAAUCAUCACGAAAAGCAUACUGUAGGACCUGGGAGCAGCCCAGCCAGUCUGCUUCAUUUACCCACAUGGCUCAGUCCCCUAAUGUUUUCAAUGACCACAGCACGAGCAGUAAUAUGUCACCUGGAGCAGCAGCUCAUAACUUAAAAUCCCCUGCAGUUUCAAGAUCCAGGAGUGUAUCAGACUCUUCAGUUCCCCAGAGAGAUGCACUCUCAAAAACCUCAACUCCUUUCAAUAAAUCGAACAAAGCUGGAGGUCAGCAGGUGACUCCGUGGGAAACCCUGGUUGUGUUUGCUAUGAAUUUAAAACAACUAAAUGUCCAGAUGAACAUGAGCAAUGUAAUGGGAAACACUACGUGGACUACUAGUGGUUUGAAGAGCCAAGGUCGUUUAUCUGUGGGCAGUAACAGAGAUCGGGAAAUUAGCAUGUCAGUUGGUCUGGGAAGAUCCCAUUUGGAUUCUAGAGGAGGAGUGGUUGGAGGAACCAUAGAUGUUAACGCCUUGGAGAUGGUGGCUCAUAUUUCUGAACAUCCAAACCAGCAACCAAGUCACAAAAUUCAGAUUACUAUGGGCUCUACUGAAGCACGUGUUGACUACAUGGGAUCCAGUAUCUUAAUGGGCAUUUUCAGUAAUGCUGACCUUAAACUACAGGAUGAAUGGAAAGUUAAUCUAUAUAACACUUUGGAUUCCAGCAUUACUGAUAAAAGUGAAAUAUUUGUCCAUGGAGAUUUAAAAUGGGAUAUUUUUCAAGUAAUGAUUUCCAGAUCAACUACUCCAGACCUCAUCAAAAUAGGAAUGAAGCUCCAAGAAUUCUUUACUCAGCAGUUUGAUACCAGCAAGAGAGCUUUGUCCACCUGGGGACCUGUUCCUUAUCUGCCUCCCAAAACUGUGGUCAAUGUAGAGAAAAGCUCACAUCAGCAAUUACUUGAUGCAGCUCAUCAUCGCCACUGGCCGGGAGUCUUAAAGGUGGUGUCAGGGUGCCACAUAUCCUUAUUUCAGAAUCCUUUACCGGAAGAUGGAAUGCAAUUUGGAGGCUCUAUGAGCUUGCAUGGAAAUCACAUGACAUUGGCAUGUUUCCAUGGACCUAAUUUUCGCUCAAAAUCAUGGGCUUUAUUUCACCUUGAAGAACCAAACAUUGCCUUUUGGACAGAAGCGCAGAAAAUUUGGCAAGAAGGUUCUAGUGAGCAUUCUACAUACGUUGUGCAAACACUGGACUUCCAUUUGGGACAUAAUACUAUGGUCACAAAGCCUUGUGGAGCUCUAGAGAGUCCAAUGGCAACAAUCACCAAGAUCACAAGGCGGCGUCAUGAAAACCCACCACAUGGAGUUGCAAGUGUAAAAGAAUGGUUCAAUUAUGUUACAGCUACAAGAAAUGAAGAGUUAAAUCUCCUUCGAAAUGUUGAUGCAAGCAACACAGAGCAUAGCACAACAGUGAAAAGCUCUAGCUUGUUAAGUGGAUUCAGAGGUGGUUCCAGCUACAAUCAUGAGACUGAAACAAUCUUUGCAUUACCAAGGAUGCAGUUGGACUUCAAAUCCAUUCAUGUUCAACAACCACAAGAACCUUCAUUGCUAGAUGCUGAUGCUAAGCCAAAGGUGGAAUGCAGCGUAGUAACAGAAUUCACUGAUCACAUAUGUGUAACUAUGGAUGCUGAACUGAUCAUGUUCCUGCAUGACUUGGUAUCUGCCUACCUUAAAGAAAAGGAAAAAGCCAUCUUUCCACCUCGAAUUUUAUCUAGUCGACCAGGACAGAAAAGUCCUGUCAGCAUAGUUGAUGACAGCACUGCUGAGAGAGAAGACAGUAUUACUUACACUACUGUAGAUUGGAGAGAGUUUAUCUGCAACACAUGGCAUCUGGAACCCACACUCAGAUUAAUUUCUUGGACUGGAAGAAAGAUUGAUCCAGUGGGUGUUGAUUAUAUUCUUCAAAAGCUGGGCUUUCAUCAUGCAAGAACUACAAUUCCGAAAUGGCUUCAACGAGGAGUUAUGGACCCUUUGGACAAGGUUCUGUCUGUUCUUAUCAAAAAGCUUGGCAGUGCACUGCAGGAUGAAAAAGAAAAGAAAGGAAGAGACAAGGAAGAUCACUGAAGAUAUUCAUAAAUUAAUGUGGCAAACAUGCAUUUUAUAUCUUUUCAUUUUACACUGUGUUCAAUUGUAAAAUUUUAAGUAUGAUUUACACUGAAAAAACUUACAGCUUUUUGCUACUAUAUUUAAAACUUGAUUGACAUUGUGAGUAACUGUUUACCAUGGUAUAUGAUGCCAUUUUGUAUUCAUUUUAGUAUUGCAUGACCAAUGUUUGUGAAGAGAACUCUAAAGCUGCUGUUUAGCAUUCACAAUUUUAUGAUGUGCAAUAUUCUGCAUCUUUGAACUACAGAUUAACUGUGAAUUUUCAGAACUUUUGCUGGCCAUAACACUGAAUUCCUCUUUGAGUAAUGUGAUUCCAUGAGUGACUUUUUCUUGCCCAUGCAUAUUGUAUAAUUUCUGUAUAAUUUAUGAAACUGUGAUUGCCUGUGUGAAAUUAUUUUAAGUUUCUUAUACCGGGAAUAAAAGUUAAUAUGUUAUAAAUGUAGGGUUUUUAAAAACAGCCCAGUAUUUUAAAACAAAAGCACAAUGCAGUCUUAUGCAGAGUUACUCCGGCCUGAAUUGGGGAAAUCAUGGUCUUACUAUAUCCAGUAUAGUCAAAAUCUCAUCCAAAGUACUCAGGACAGGAACAUAUGCACUUAGAUUAGGGUUCCCAGUUGCUCGCUGAUGACAGGCACACUCCAGGAGGGUUGCCCUGUUGCAAGCCCCCUCAGAGAUUACCCACCACAGGC